CUCCGUGAGCCUGACGCCGUGCACUAGCAGCAGGUAAUGAGGCUUUGUGCAGAGUGGAGCUCUUCUCGCUGAACAAUAAAGCAUAUGGUACCAGCAAUAAAACACAGGGCCGGGAGAUUCGGGAAGAUUCCGCUGAACCAGGAAGACUGGUGCCUUCUGUGAUGCUGACACACACUGUAAAAUGAUAACCAAUUUAUUUGGGAUCCUAAUGAAUAAAGAGUACAAGGAUUAAGACUACAGCUAUUUGAACAGGUCCAUGUGACAGCGCUGCAGCGAUGAGCGGCAUUUUAAAGCGGAAGUUUGAAGAAGUGGACGGCUCCUCACCCUGCUCCUCUGUGCGGGAAUCUGACGAUGAGGUUUCCAGCAGUGAAAGCGCGGACAGCGGGGACAGCGUCAAUCCCUCCACCUCGAACCAUUUCACCCCAUCCUCCAUUCUCAAGAGGGAGAAGCGGCUGAGGACCAAGAAUGUGCAUUUCAGCUGUGUCACCGUGUACUACUUCACCAGGAGGCAGGGCUUCACGAGUGUGCCCAGCCAGGGGGGCAGCACCCUGGGCAUGUCCAGCCGCCACAACAGCGUGCGCCAGUACACCUUGGGCGAGUUCGCCAGGGAGCAGGAGCGGCUGCACCGGGAGAUGCUGAGAGAACACCUCAGGGAAGAGAAGCUGAACUCUUUAAAACUCAAGAUGACUAAGGAUGGCACCGUGGAGUCAGAAGAGGCCAGCACGCUUACGGUGGAUGACAUUUCUGAUGACGAUAUAGAUUUAGACAACACUGAAGUAGACGAGUACUUCUUCCUACAACCCCUGCCAACAAAAAAGCGAAGAGCACUGCUGCGAGCUUCUGGAGUUAAAAAGAUAGACGUGGAAGAGAAGCACGAGCUGCGUGCCAUCCGCCUGUCGCGGGAGGACUGCGGCUGUGACUGCAGAGUGUUCUGCGAUCCAGAAACAUGUACCUGCAGCCUGGCGGGUAUUAAGUGUCAGGUGGACCGUAUGUCUUUCCCCUGUGGCUGCACUAAAGAAGGGUGUAGUAACACAGCAGGUAGAAUUGAAUUUAAUCCUAUCCGUGUCCGGACUCACUUUUUGCACACAAUAAUGAAACUUGAACUGGAGAAAAACCGAGAGCAGCAAAUCCCCACACUGAACGGCUGCCACGGGGAGAUAAGCGCGCACAGUAGUUCCAUGGGCCCUGUCGCUCACUCCGUAGAAUAUUCUAUCGCAGACAAUUUUGAGAUUGAAACUGAACCCCAAGCCGCGGUGCUGCACUUGCAGUCUGCCGAAGAAUUAGAUUGCCAAGGAGAAGAGGACGAAGAGGAGGAAGACGGGAGCAGCUUUUGCAGCGGCGUCACUGACUCCAGCACACAAAGCUUGGCUCCUAGUGAGUCGGAUGAGGAGGAGGAGGAAGAGGAGGAGGAAGAAGAGGAGGAGGAGGAGGAGGAGGAGGAUAAAAGAGAUGGCUUUGUGGAAGGUCUGGGCACCCAUGCUGAUGUUGUGCCUCUCCCUUCGGUCCUUUGCUAUUCAGAUGGCACGGCUGUUCAUGAAAGUCACACAAAAAAUGCUUCUUUUUAUGCCAACUCUUCAACUCUCUACUACCAAAUAGAUAGCCACAUUCCAGGAACACCUAGCCAGAUCUCUGAGAACUACUCUGAGAGAGAUUCUGUCAAGAGCGGUACCCUUUCGUUGGUGCCUUACACCAUGACCCCAGAGCAAUUUGUUGACUAUGCCCGACAAGCAGAAGAGGCCUACGGUGCCUCGCAUUAUGCAGCUGCCAACCCCUCUGUGAUCGUUUGCUGCUCCUCGUCCGAGAACGAUAGUGGGGUGCCCUGCAGUAGUUUAUAUCCUGAACACAGGUCCAGUCAUCCUCAAGUAGAAUUCCACUCAUACUUGAAAGGCCCUUCCCAGGAAGGGUUUGUGUCCACACUGAAUGGUGACAGUCACAUUUCGGAGCAUCCUGCUGAAAAUUCUUUGAGCCUUGCAGAAAAGAGCAGACUGCACGAAGAGUGCAUCAAGUCGCCUGUGGUGGAGACUGUUCCCGUGUAGAAGGAGCAGCGCAAGCUCCUCUGUCACAGGACCACCGACUCUUCUAUUCGAGGCACUGCGUUCAGCUGGAUUUCUGGGGCUCCUCGUUGCUCAAACUGAAGACCGAAAAGAUUUGGACUGUGAUCAAUCUUCCAGACUGUAUUUUGUUUCCUCCUUUUUCGCUACCUGAUGUGGCAUUACACAAAUACAGUCACGGUGGGGAUUUUAAAAGAUUUUAGACUGUUUUGAUAGAAAAUGCUAAAUUUUAAACAUGUGUCUCUCACAGUUGCCUACCUGUCAAACUGUGUGAAACCUGCCAAGCUGUGCAGAUCAGAGCUCCAAGGUUUGGAUUAUCGGGCCUGUGCAAGAUUGUUAACUAAGACUGCAAAAUAAUAAGAUUUAGAGUCCUAAUUUUCAAUAUAUCUGAAGAUGAUGGUGACUUUUUAAUGUAAAAGUAAUUAUUGUAAGAAAAAGAUUUAAUUGUU